AUUGGAAAUCAGCUCUUUGGUUUCGGGCUCUUUUGUUUCGAAGCGCAUCGCUCUCGGCGCGUCUUCAGCGCGAGCUUCGUCCCAACUCCUGUGCCACGGCGCAUGGGGUUUGAUGAGCCGGACGACGAUAAUGGCACGCGUGUCGCUUUACGAGACCUGUACUACGCAUCGCGAUUCGCAUCGUGAGUCUGCAUGCCCGGCAAUCGCGGAUAUGUCUGUUGCCUUUUUGACGCGGCGGAGGCUGCAGGGUCCCACGUAUCGAAUGGGUGUCGAUUCGGCGUGUGCGGUACUACAGGUUAGUAUGAUAAUUUUUUACCAGUAUCCCUACCGUGUAACUCAGUGUGUUUUUUUUCUUUUGCCGCUGGAGGCUGCUGCCCUUCUCCACACUUGUCCUUGCCAGGUUUGUUCCAUUGGGUUAGACGGUGCACGUCUGCUAUACUGAGAAUGGAGACCAAUUGCCAUUUGCUGAUAUAGCGCGUCGUUUAUUAGUGUUACAGGAACACUAGUCCCACGUGGAAUGAUCGAAAGCAGCAACUC